AAGAACACAAUCAUGGCGCCGACCUAGUGUCUUUCGAAUCGCUCAGCAUGUUAGACGUUAUUAUAUGUUCAAAUUGCACAGCUAUGUGUGAUAUCUGAAAUUUCAGUAUUUUAGAAAAUUACUGAAAAUUAAUAGUUUUAUUAAAUAAUGGCUGUUCAGUGCUUUUUGUUCGGUCUAAGGUCCUGUCGAGCAUUUAUUUCAGCUUAUCGACUGACGGGUAUUCAGUCUUCGAGAGCGUUCACGUCUACAGCGACCCAGUCCGUUAAAGGAAGUGAUAUCACAGGCAUCUUGCAUCCACUGCGUCGCCUGCGCGUGAACUCAGUCAGGAAUGCCUACACCUUUACGUCCACUGCCGUCGCAAAAGACGUGAUUCUCUUCGAACACGACCGGACGCGUUUCUUCAGGCUUUUGGCCACAUUCUGUGGCGGCCAAUUUCUAUUCUGGGCAUAUCUGGGUCACUUUGCUUUCACAAGUCUUCGAGACACAAGACAAAAUAGUGGCGAGCCUCAAAAGGUCAGAACUGAUUUAGGAGGGCUCUUCAGUUUUGAUAUGAACCUCGGUUCAAACGCCUGGAGGUAUGGAUUCACUCUUGGGUGCCUAAUUAUUGGUUGUGGAAUCGUUGGCGUGGCUGCAUUGUUCAGCCGUCGUUCUGUGAGUCGGGUAAUUCUUCAUAAAGGAGGUGGAAAAGUCACAGUAUCUACACAGUCACCGCUGGGACCUCUCAGAGCUCACCAUCUAACUGUGCCUUUGACUCAAGUGGCAUGUCACGCACACAGACAGGAAACGUCUUCAUUUAUCCCUCUUAAAGUCCAGGGAUACAAGUUUUACUUUCUUUUGGACAAAGAAGGGACACUAAACAACCCUAAACUGUUUGACGUUACUGUCGGGGCGUACAGACCCUUAUAAUUUGUCAUUCGUAGCCUUGCGAGUCUGCGAUCCUCUGUUGGUUUGUCAUACAUCUGCUGUUCAUUUUGGUUAAUGCUGCCUCGGGAAAAACAUGCAUUGGAUUUACAAGAGGAAUAAAUAGUAAAACGUUUCUGUUCAUAAUAAAACUUUUUUUUUUUUACUA